AUGGGUCUUGAAAAGCACUACUUUUUCACAUUCUUGAUAAUUGCCCUGUUUAUAAGACCAUUUUGCACCCACAGUCUCAAUGAUGUUGGUAGCCAUGUAUUGGAAGAGGAAUAUGGCAUCGAUUUUCGAGCCUAUCCUUCAUAUGCUAGACCCAUUGAGGCCUUUACGCUCGACAAUUCGGUUUUUUCAGACUUCAACAAGUCAGUUCGAAAACUUGAAAGUUCGGUUAUGACAGUUAAUGUGCUUAGCUUUGGAGCUAAAGGAGAUGGGAAAACUGAUGAUUCUAAGGCAUUUGCAGUUGCGUGGGAAAAAGCUUGUUCGUCACCAAACUAUGUCGAUUUUGUGGUGCCGCGGAGCAGAAGUUUUCUUCUGAAACCAUUGCGAUUUUCAGGUCCUUGCAAAUCCAAAAUAAAAAUGGAGAUUUCUGGAGUUAUCCUAGCAUCGGAUGAUCGUUCCGAUUACGCAGAAGACCCGAGGCAUUGGCUAAUUUUCGACAGCGUAAAAGAUUUAGUCGUCGAAGGUGGUGGAACUAUUAAUGGCAAUGGAGAUAUCUGGUGGAAAAACUCUUGCAAGAUAAAUAAAGCUAAGGCUUUAACCUUCUACAAGUGCACAAAGCUAGUUGUGAAGAACCUCAAGAUCCAAAAUGCACAGCAAAUUCAUCUCUCAUUUGAAAAGUGCACAAAUGUUCAAACUUCUAACCUUAAUGUGAGAGCCCCUGAGAAAAGCCCCAACACUGAUGGAAUUCAUGUCACAGGCACUCGAAACAUCCAAAUAUCGAGCUGCAAUAUUGGCACCGGCGAUGACUGCAUCUCGAUCGUCAGUGGGUCGGAGAAAGUUCGAGCUACAGAUAUUACCUGUGGACCAGGCCAUGGCAUUAGUAUUGGAAGCUUAGGUUCUGAAAAUUCAGAAGAGUAUGUCUCAGAUGUUGUAGUUAACAGAGCAAAACUUUCUGGAACAACUAAUGGAGUUAGAAUCAAGACAUGGCAGGGUGGCUCUGGAAGUGCAGACAACAUUAAAUUCCAAAACAUACAAAUGCAAGGAGUGAAAAACCCGAUAAUCAUCGACCAAAGUUAUUGCGAUCAAAAGGAACCGUGCAAAGAACAGAGUUCAGCCGUACAAGUGAAGAACAUCCUAUACAAAAACAUCAAGGGCACGAGUAUUUCAGAUGAAGCCAUUAAUUUCAAAUGCAGCAAAAGCCAUCCUUGCCAAGGGAUCACUCUGCAAAAUGUGAACUUGAUCGGGACAGGUGGCGAGAAAUCCAAAGCCGUCUGUAAUAACGUCCGUUUGCAGAACUUGGGAACGGUUUCACCUCAUUGCCGUAACUAA